CAUCAUCAUCAGCCGAGCCACGCGGGCAGCACCACCACCACAACACCGGUACAGAGGAUUCCCAUAUUUCCCUCCAUUUCCCUGUUAUUCCCGGUCCAGGCAGGAUGUACCGGUGUCCCAAGCUGGUGGAUGUCCCGGUGGUGGUGGAGCUGCCCUCUGUCAUGUACAAGAUGGCACCAUUUUGCUUAAAAGGCCACGAUACGGACCCUGCCCAGCUGACCCGCCCUGCCAAGAGCUAUCCCGCGACAUCAGCACUGGAGGCAAGGCAAGAGGCUGUGUUGAAACGACUCCAGACUUUAAAAGAGCAAUUGGAUCGUUUGCAGUCAACGAGAACUACUGCUACUACUACUACUGCUGCUGUUACUACUACUACUACUACUACUACUGCUGGUCUAGGGGCUGCUGCUUGCUCUUCGCCAAUUAAGGGCUGCUCGAGUGACCUCCUGCGCCAACAAGAAUCAGUCCUGUAUCGCCUUGGCCGUCUGAAGGAUAAACUGACCCAGAUAUCCGCACGGGGAGAGAAUUUGGAUAUGUCAGAAUCCUCCUCUCUAUCCACAAGGCAUCAGGGCAUCCUACAGGUCAUUGCGGCCCUUAGAGAGGAGCUGGUGUUCCUAUCCGACUUGCAGAAGUGGAUUGACCAGCGCGAGCAAGAAGAGGAGGAGAGAAAGACAAAGAACGAGAGCAAGACCGAGGCAGAGAGCACAAGAGAGGAGGAGAUAGAAAAACAACACAAAUUCGUCUUAAGAAAACUGGUCGCCCUUAAGGAGGAACUGAAAGGAAUCGUCGACAAGCUAAAAAAAUCGUCACAAAUCGAGGAGGAAAAACAAGCUCUCUUCUCCGUUUGUGGCUGUUUGGAAAUGACCCCAUCGACUGAGAAGACCCCAAAUACCCUGACCUCUUCCAUUCAACCACCCACGACCUCUUCCUCCUCCUCUUCCUCCUCCUCUUCUUCCUUUUCAUCUUCAUCUAUACAGUGUUCUGAUUCUAAGGCUGCUGAGUCUUCCUCCUCUUUUGGGUCUUCCUUACUUUCUCUCCUCCCUCCUCCUCCUCCUCUUCUUCCCUCCUCCUCCUCCUCCUCCUCUUCUUCCUCCUCAUCAUCUGAAAAGACAACAGCAGGCCCCAUACAAGACCUUGUCAUAUCUGCUAACCCCUCGUGUCCGCCCCUCUCCCUCCUGGUGUUAAGGCGUCUGCUGGGCCAAUCAGGGAUGCCCGUUCACUGCACCAGCCGCCUGCACUCGUCCAUGGCACAGGUACGUCCAGAGCUGCAGGAGGCGUUCACGGAGAGCCCUUUGGAGGAGCGGAGGAAACACAGUGUGGCGUUUUCUCUCCAGUGGAGUGAUGUGCCUUCCCCUUCCCUUAUGAUAAACCCUUUACGUCAAACAAGAAUCGAAGGAGAAGCAAAUAUUAUUCGUUACCUUACGCGCCUCCUGCCAGCCACUUCUCCUUACAAUUACGAAGCUACCGGGACAUACAGCACCAUUGCCGAGACUGACCACCUCUUGGACACACUGGAGAGGGGCCUGGUGUGGGGUGCUGGCAAGGAGAGAGCUGUGGUGAUGAGAGAGGUGGUGAAAAGAUUGACCCGUUCUCCCUACCUGUGUGGGGGUCAGUGCGGGGCGGCCGACCUGCUGGCGUGGUCACUGUUGCGUCACAGAGGUGGGGCGCAGGAGGAGGCGGUCGGCAGAUGGUUUGCACAGGUGGACGCCUUGACUGGGAUUGACCUAAGCAAAGUAACACCAAAACAACAACAACAGCAGAACAAGAAGAAAGCACCACCACCAUCACAACCACCACCAACAACAACAACAGCAGCAGCAGCAACAACAGCAGGAGAGAGAGGAAGUGGAAAUUCUCAUCUUGGAAGGAAAAAUUUAGAACAUUACCUUAAAAAACUUGCUGUUCCUUAUCAGGUUAAGGAGCACAAGGAGGUCUUCACAGUUGACGAGCUAAUGACACAAGUUCAAGGACUGCCUGGAAUCGUUACCAAGAACCUUUUUUUGAGAGACAAGAAGAAAGUGUUGUAUAUUUUGUCAACUAAACAUGAUACUGAGAUUGACCUCAAGACACUAGCGAAGAAGAUAAACACAAAAGACCUGCGUUUCGCCGACGGCACUGUCCUUUACGAGACCUUAGGGGUGAAACAGGGCUGUGUGUCCCCCCUGGCCCUCAUCAACGACCCUGGCCACCUCGUCCGGGUCGUGCUGGAGUCGUGUCUCAUGGACCCGUCGGUGGAGUUUGUUUACUUCCACCCGCUGAGCAACGCUGCCACUUUGGGACUUAAGCCUCGUGAUUUGCAAAGGUUUCUUGAUGCGACUGGACACUCCCCUGCUACGCUUGUCCAGCUUUGAGCUUAAAAUAAAUUGAAAUUGCUAAUAUAUUCUCUUUAUUUUCUUUCCUAGUGUAAUAAAUUGCAUGUUUUUGGAAUAAUAAUAAUAAUAAUAACCAUAAUUAUCUUAUCUAUUUUAUCUAUCUAAUGUGUAUUUUAUUUGGGCAAUAUAUAUAUUUUUUCUCUAAGUCACUGGUGAAAAUUCAAGGUAUUUAAAGUCCUGUUUCUCUUUAUUAAUCAGGAGCUGAAAAUUUGGUUCUUUUUUUUUUGGGCGAAUUAAUGAACAGGAAGGGAAAUAUUGAGACUGAAAAUAAAAAAUAAAAAAAAAGAAGUUAGUUUAUUUAUUUAUUUAUCUGUUGUUGUUGUUGUUGUUGUUGUUGUUUUCUUCAGUUUACAGUGAAUUUUUUUUUUUUUUAGAGUAAAGGAAAAACAAAACACAAACUCAGCCAUUUUAUUUCAUUUUUAUUAACUUUUCUCCAUUCUACAGUAAACAAUAUACAAAAAAAGGACAAAAGAAAAAAACUCACUAAACUAAAUCAAAAAAUACAAAGAGCAGAGUAUAAAACAGCUCUCUCUCUCUCUCUCUCUCUCUCUCUCUCUCUCUCUCUCUCUCUCUCUCUCUCUCUCUCUCUCUCUCUCUCUCUCUCUCUCUCUCUCUCUCUCUCUCU